AUGUCCACGGCUCACAACCGCUUGGUGGCCGACUUAGAUACUAUGGGAUUUCAAGUAGAAGAAACACAAAGCUUUGGAAACGAAGUCACGUCUGCCCUAGCAAAGCUGAAAGAGAAGGAUGUUCGUAUAAUACUGGGAAACUUUAACGAGUCCUGGGCUAGAAGGAUAUUUUGCGAAGCUAACAGACAUGGAAUGUACGGACGGAAGUACCAGUGGCUGAUCAUGGGCACGUACAGCGAAGAGUGGUGGAUGCGCGAGGACGACAUGCCGUGUCCUCUGGCGAACCUGACGGCCGCUCUAGAGGGCUGCAUCCUCACCGACCUGCUGCCGCUCUCCACCAACGGCGAAAUCACUAUCUCCGGCAUUACAGCGGAAGAGUACCAGAUGGAGUACGACUCUCGGCGAGGCAACGAGUAUUCUCGCUUCCACGGCUACACGUACGACGGCGUGUGGGCGGUGGCGCUAGCCAUCCAGCACGUAGCUCACCGCAUCCGGCACUACCGCAAGAACCAGACCGUUGUCGACUUCCGUUACCAAGACCCACUCUGGGAGCAGCUCUUCCUCGAAGCUCUUCGCAACACCAGCUUCGAAGGCGUUACCGGACCUGUCAGAUUCUAUCACAACGAAAGGAAAGCCAAUAUAUUGCUCAAACAAUUUCAAAAUGGAUCGGAAGUAAAAGUUGGUGAGUUCAAUGGCGUCACAGAACAGUUAGACUUAACAAGGGGACAUCCAAUAAAAUGGCAUGGCAAGUACCCUCCGAAAGAUCGGACAGUUCAGAUCUUUGAACAUUCACAUGUGAACAUUACUAUCUAUUCACUGCUGGCGUCAGCGUCCUCCAUAGGUAUAGUAAUGGCCAUUACAUUCCUGGCCAUAAACAUCACAUAUAGAAAUCAGAGGUAUAUAAAGAUGUCGAGUCCAUAUCUAAACAACCUGAUUAUAAUUGGAUGUAUGUUAACGUACAGCAGUGUCAUAUUUUUGGGACUGGACUCCACCUUAACCAGUGUUGAAUCUUUUCCAUACAUUUGUACAGCGAGAGCGUGGCUUCUCAUGGCUGGUUUUUCACUGGCAUUUGGAUCCAUGUUUUCUAAGACCUGGAGGGUCCAUUCAAUAUUUACUGACGUGAAGCUCAACAAGAAGGUUAUUAAGGACUAUCAGCUCUUCAUGGUAGUUGGUGUCCUCCUUGUUAUCGACCUGGCUAUAAUGACGACUUGGCAAGUGACUGACCCAUUCUACAGGGAAACCAAGACAAUGGAGCCGUAUCCGCACCCGUCGAGUGAAGAUAUACUUAUAGUUCCGGAAAACGAAUAUUGUCAGAGCGAAAGAAUGACGGUUUUCGUUGGCUCGAUUUACGCUUACAAAGGUCUUCUAAUGAUAUUUGGAGCAUUUCUUGCGUGGGAAACCCGACACGUCAGCAUACCAGCGCUCAAUGAUUCCAAGUAUGUUGGGAUGAGCGUGUACAAUGUCGUCAUAAUGUGUAUCAUGGGAGCUGCAAUCUCCUUCGUUCUCUCAGAUAAACAGGAUGCUUCUUUCAUCAUAAUUUCAGUAUUCAUUAUUUUCUGCACUACAGGAACCUUAUGCCUGGUUUUUGUUCCUAAGCUUAUAGAAUUGAAAAGGAAUCCUCAGGGGUCUAUUGACAAACGCAUACGCGCUACACUGCGCCCUAUGUCAAAGAACAGGAGGGAUUCUGCCGCUUCUGAGCUUGAGGAGAAACUAAAGGAAGCAAAAGCAACAAAUCAGAAAUACAGGAAGGAACUUCUCGAACGAGAAUCAGAGCUGCAGAUGCUUGUGCGGAGACUGGGUGAUGAAGGGAAGGACAUUCUUGAUUCUGAGGUCAACAUGGACCGUUUAGUUGUUCCUAGACAUGACAUACUAAUGAAGAAAGAAGCGCCUUCCGGCACGGAAACCACAGAAAUCAGCUCAUUGUGCUCAUUAAACUCGUCUCAGGAUGGUGAAUACGUUAAUUUGACUGUCGAAAACAUGGCGCUAAGAAAGAAAUCAGUCGGUGGGAAAGCGGUUGUGAGCGCCGCUUCGUGCCCCAGCGAGACCGCUAUAGGCGCUGCUGCACAGCCUGCACAUAAACAAAGCCACGAGCUACCUUCGGCGCUGAAAUCGAUUGCGGAACAGAGAACGGCCGAAAGGCAGCAGACGGUGACGCGCGACGACGAUUCUGAGCCACUGAUUCUCCGCGCCAAGGCGGCGGAACACGGCCAGAGCAACGCACACUUCGUACCUGAAAGCGCCGAAGAGGACGCGGUCCGCAAGGCCGGGAAAGUGAGCGCCAUUCCUGGCGACGUACUGGAAGACCGCCCCCGCCUGCCGACGCCGCCGCUCACGCUGUGCAAAGUCGUCUCCUUCGGCGACGUGACGAAUUCCGCUCCGUACACAGAGAGCGAGGCCAUCGUGCCGCCGCCCAGACAGUUCUACGCCAAGCCGCAGGCUUCGGUGGCUCCGUCGCACAGCCGCCAGCCGUCUCACGCGCCACAGCCGGCGACCCCCAAGCAAGCCUGCCCGGCGCAGCACCACGCGCAACCCGCCAAACAGUACUCGGCUCAGACCGCGGCGCGCCGCCGCUCCAGCGUCAAGAGCACGUCCUCGGGAGGGUCCGCUCACGUGAACGUGUCCGUCAGUGCGCCCAAGCAGAGACGGACUAGCGUCCCCGCCACCCACGUCGCUGCGGAGUCGGCGCCGCCACCGGCGUACGGCACGCCCAGGGCCGCUGGCAAGUGCUACUCCACGGACAGUGACCGGAGUGAAAGAGAGUAUUCCAAAAGUAAAAUGUAUUUUAAGGAAGAGCCGGAACUUCCCACUUCGAGGCACCACUCCCACGGCGUUCUGGACGGCACAACCGCUCAUGCAGCUAGCAGGACAGUAACACCUUUAGUUAACGAUAGUGAUUUUGUGUUAUCGGCGAACGCGUCGUCGCCGGACGUGCCAGGCAUGCUGAAGUCGAUCAGAGAUCACGAAGCUGACAGAUCUGAGUCCACAGUGAUCCAGCGAUCAGUCUCAGAGAAAAGUCAUGAAAGAUCAGCAGUAUCACACAGAACACCACACCAGUAUGUUCCACAAGAGGUGGAACCAGUUACAAAGAAGAGUCCUGCUGAUUUGAGAAACUGUAACAUUGAUGGAAUACCACCUCUGAAGCAACAGAAGUCAGCAAUGUCUCAUGUACACAGUACACCAAAUGUGGCUACAAUCCGUGGUGGACUGUAUUCAACAAUCUCAUCAUAUAAGCCCCAUGGAAAUUAUACAUCAUCUAAAACUGUUUCCUCAUCAUCUGUGUUGAAUGUCUCGGGAAUGUGCUCAGCAGUUUCAGAGGGAGAGCUUUUGGAUCUAGCAAUUCUCCCAAUUUUUCAAAAACUGUUGAGUGAAAGACAUAAAUCUAAAACUGGGUAUGGAGCAUCAAUUGCUUCUUGUCCCAAUAUUUCCAUAAAGUGUGACAUAGUUGAGUAUUUAUAGUUCCAAGUUAGAGACCGUGUAUUUGUUUAGAAGGAUGAUAUAAUGAAGUUUCAUGUGAAAAUAGAAAAUUGUUACAUGUGUGUUGAAAGUUCUAAAAUUUUUAUCUGAGUGAAUAUUCAGUCUAAUGUGAUGGAAAACACUUGAGUGCCUCACAAAGAAGGCAUGCAUCUCAAAGAAAUUCACCAGAAUUUUUAACUUAUCUCUUACAAGUUAAAGAAGCAUGUUUAUGUGAGAAGCAAAAGUUAAACUACUAUGAUUUCUUAAAGUCACU